GCACGUGUGAAACUGGCCUACAUUCAUGCAUAAAAAAACAAAAAUUUUCAGACCUUCCAGAAUUUCCUGUUACGCUGUCUACAACCAGUCCUCCUUGAGGGAGGAGUGACAAACCUGAUUGGAGGCAAGACCAUUACACUACCAAAGGCUGUCUUUUCUAAUACUAGGUCUAUCCUAAUCAAUGUGGGAUUUUUGGUUGUCUGACAUCUAAUUUGAUUGGAUAGCAGUGAGCAUUGUUAUUUUUUUCUCCAGUACAUUGGCUAUACUCAAGCAAUAAGGCAUGAAGGGGUCUGGUAUAUGGCUACGGGCUGUAUCCAGGUACUCUGCGUUGUCUGAUUAUAUCAUGGCUGUCAGCCAGGGCUUGAACCACCCAGUUUAUAAAACCUAUCAACACCUUUUUGUUUUGCUACAUACCUUCCCAAAUGUAAACUAGUCCAUACGAUUGUAUUCUAGUUUUUGUCCUGUCCAAAUUUGAUUCCAAUGUGCCCGAUCACUGUGUCCUUAUGAUUAUGGAAAGCUGCAAAAUGGGUAACUUUUAGCUAGAAUGUAGUUCUAUUGGAGUUAAUCAAUUUACAAUAGCUCGCCCCUAGGAGGCUCGUAGACGUGUAAGCAUUACGUCGACGCCAACCAUUUGUCUACAUCCGCCAUUUUAGACACCAAAAGCACUGUCAAAAGUCUAUGCGUUGACAUAACCAUAUAAAUUGCACCAAAGCGAGAUGGAAAAUCAACUCUGCAAGCUCUUUAUUGGUGGACUAAAUGUUCACACCACUGACGGUGGUCUUCGUAAACACUUUGAACAGUAUGGCCAGCUGACCGACUGCGUAGUUGUUCAGAACCAGCAACUACAGCGGUCUCGCUGUUUUGGUUUUGUAACCUAUGCUACUGCUGAUGAGGCAGACGCUGCAAUGUCCGCCCGGCCUCAUGCCCUGGACGGCAACAAUGUUGAACUGAAAAGAGCAGUGGCACGUGAAGAUGCGGGAAAACCUGAGGCUCUGGCUAAGGUUAAGAAAAUAUUUAUCGGGGGUCUGAAAGAAGACAUAGAGGAUGGACAUCUGAACGAGUACUUCUCUCAGUUCGGUACUAUCGAGAAGGCCGAGGUUAUUAGCGAUAAUCAAACUGGUAAGAAGAGGGGGUUUGGUUUUGUUUAUUUCGAAGAUUAUGAUUCUGCCGACAAAGCGGUGGUACUGAAGUUCCACCAUAUAAAUGGCCAUAAAGUAGAGGUGAAAAAAGCCCUCACCAAGCAAGAAAUGCAGGCUGCUGGCACCCGUGGCGGGAGGGGAGGAAGGUUUCAAAAUGGAUACGGUGGUGGCUAUGGAGGAGGUUAUGGAGGCAGUGACGGUGGAUACGGCGUGGGGUACAGUGGAGGCUAUGGUGACCAAAUGGGUGGCUACGGUGGGAACGGCUACAGUGAUUUUGGAGGUGGCUAUAGCGACCAGUCAUCUAAUUAUGGCCCCAUGAAAGAGUUAUCAAAAUUGAUAGAUUAUGACACAUUCUUCCUAUGUCCUGCUGGUUAAUGGAUCGCCAGGGAUUGAUUGGACCAAGAUGAGGACAAGUUCCUAUGAGGAGGAAAACUCUUGUCUAAGGUGUGACCCAAGACUGUGCUGAUCCAGCUCUUGUGGUCCUGUCAUCACAGGAUGAAAAAAGAUGUCUGUGAAAGAUGCAGGUUUUUUGAAGGACCUAAUAUCCAUCUGUUGGGAAAGUUGAAACUUUCACUGAAUCAUUCAGAUGUGUAUCCUUGUUUUGUAUUCCAGUAUGUGGAAUCAAUUGCACUGCUUGUACUGUACUCUAAUGGUUAUUAGUCAAUUCAAUAAAUAUCGAUAUUUUAAAAACGUA